CCCCUGCGCCGGGGGCCUCCCGCGCCGUGCACGUCCGCGUCCCGCGCCCCUGCCUCCUCCCUCGCUCGCUCCUUCCCGCCCUCCCCGCGACGCCGGCCGAGCCGGCUUCCCCUCGGUUUCUCAUGAAUAUUGAGCGGCCCCUGUUGUAUUUCCCGAGCUCCAUUGCGGAAGCCGAGGCUCGCCAUAUUGUGCGGCGGCGCCGGCGGCCGCGGCGGCUGAUCCCCGAGUCUCUGUCUCCGGCCGCGGCCCGCGGAGCCCGGGACUGGGGCCGAAGCCGAAAUGUCUCAGGCUGUGCAGACAAAUGGAACUCAACCACUAAGCAAAACAUGGGAACUCAGUUUGUAUGAAUUACAACGAACACCUCAGGAGGCAAUAACAGAUGGCUUGGAAAUUGUGGUUUCACCUAGAAGUCUCCACAGUGAAUUAAUGUGUCCAAUUUGCUUGGAUAUGUUGAAGAAUACCAUGACUACAAAGGAGUGUUUACAUCGUUUCUGUGCAGAUUGCAUUAUCACAGCCCUUAGAAGUGGCAACAAAGAAUGCCCUACCUGUCGGAAAAAGCUAGUUUCCAAAAGAUCACUAAGGCCAGACCCAAAUUUUGAUGCUCUCAUCAGCAAAAUUUAUCCAAGUCGUGAUGAGUAUGAAGCUCAUCAAGAGAGAGUAUUAGCCAGGAUCAACAAGCACAAUAAUCAACAAGCACUCAGUCACAGCAUUGAGGAAGGACUGAAGAUACAGGCCAUGAACAGAUUGCAGCGAGGCAAGAAACAACAGAUUGAAAAUGGUAGCGGAGCAGAAGAUAAUGGUGACAGUUCGCAUUGUAGCAAUGCAUCCACACACAGCAACCAGGAGGCAGGCCCUAGUAACAAACGGACCAAAACCUCUGAUGAUUCAGGGCUUGAGCUUGAUAAUAACAAUACAGCAGUGGCAAUUGAUCCAGUAAUGGAUGGUGCUAGUGAGAUUGAGUUAGUGUUCAGGCCUCAUCCUACGCUUAUGGAAAAAGAUGACAGUGCACAGACAAGGUACAUAAAGACUUCAGGUAAUGCCACUGUUGAUCAUUUAUCCAAGUAUCUGGCAGUGAGGUUAGCUCUAGAAGAACUUCGAAGCAAAGGAGAAUCAAACCAGAUGAACCUUGAUACAGCCAGUGAGAAGCAGUAUACCAUUUAUAUAGCAACAGCCAGCGGCCAGUUCACUGUAUUAAAUGGCUCUUUUUCUUUGGAAUUGGUCAGUGAGAAAUAUUGGAAAGUGAACAAGCCCAUGGAACUUUAUUAUGCACCCACCAAGGAGCACAAAUAAGUUUUUAAAAUCAAUUCUGAGACUGAACUUUUUUAUAGCCUUUUUCUUUAAUAUUAAAGAUGUACCAUCACUACUCUUAUGGACAGAUCUUGGAUAUGCUGUUCAAUUUCCUUUCUGAGCCAGAUUGAGUUACACUAUUAGAAUCAUUUUCCCUUAAUUUAAGAUUUACUUUUUGGAAGAUACUGCAGCAGUUCAGUACUUGUUCUUUUCUUUUAAUAAUAUGUCUUAGUGUGUGCUUUCACAAAAUAUGGUUCCAUUUGGAGUACCCUUUGACCCAGGAGUUUUAAGUAAAGCUUCAAUUGGCCAUCUUUUCCCUCUCCCCUUAGGUUUCUAGGCCUAUGGAAUGUUAAUGCUGUCCUGGAGUCCUGUAUAUUUAUAGUUUUCUAUAUAAACUGUAGUAUCUUCAUGAAGACCAAGGCUUAAUUUGCUUAAAAACAAUUCUCAUAGGAUUAUUAUUUUCAUGGUAUUUUCUUCCAUACACCACAUUUUUGAAAGAGGUUCUUUAUGAACUUGGUGUCCAUUGUCAUUGCAGUGGGUUUUUUUGUUUGUUUUCUGUUCUCCUCUUCCACUCACUUGUAAGUUUAGAAUUUUUGGUCAUGGGGAAGAGAAUCAAAAUCUUAAGUUCUGUGAGAACAUAAUUCACUAACAGAUUUCAGUGAAGAGAAGUUAAAUUGGUGGGAAUAUGUAGUUCUCAAUUGUAUAUUUAAGAGUUCUUUUGUAUUAGUUUUACUUCAGUUUAUUGUGUGUUUGAUGUUUUUUUCCUGUUAAAAAUAUCAGAGAUAUUUUGCACUUUAACUUUGAUGAAAAGUACAAAAUAUGUUCAGUUUCCCUGGUUCUUUUCUUAUUGGUAGUGAUUUCAGAGUCCAGAAUAACAUGGCACAUAGAACUAACAAUGGAAAAGUCUUUGCUUGUGUUUAAAAAGUGUGCUUAGCAUUUUGAGUUGCCAUAUCAGUUUAUACUCUGCUAAUUACACUACAGAAGCAGGUUAAUGGACUUUGAACCCUGCUUUAAUAUAUAGUAAAAGAUGAUUCUGUUUAAAGAUUUCAGCCAGUAGUUUUAUAUUAGAGACAAUAUUGGCUGUUUGGGAGGUAGAAGCUUUAUGCCACUAGUCUGGAAGAUUGGCUUGUGUCUUUUUUUUUUUUUUUUUUUU